AUGGAUGGAUUCAAACCGGCAUUGUACGCCCUGAAGAUUCUAAGCCUCGCUGGGCUUGUACAGUCUAGUGAAAGCUUUCCAGCCCCUUUCGCAGAUGCUCAUGCUGAGCUCAAGGUUGACGAUGGAGUCACAUUCGACCCGCUUGGCGUUGCCGCGAUUCUAUACAACCCGCGCGCCGAUCGAAGCACCGCGAGACUCUAUACGCAGUAUGAUAGGAGUCUUUUUACCUGGCCACACAUGACCAUGAUCGGGGGAACUCUUCCACCAAUGCAAAUGCUUGUCGAGCGGCUCACGGCGCCGUUCAAAUGGAUCCAUCCAGCGAUCAAAAUGUGCACCAAAGAUACCACGAUGCUUCCCAUUCGAUCGGAUCAAUACCUGGCUGAGCGACAUAAUCUUUUUGAGCCCUCCUCGCACCCGGGUAACGACUUUGCCAUCGUUUAUGUUGAUGCCAUGCAUAACUCGACUAAAAAGCCCGGGGAUCCGGCGAGCAACGAUGAACACGAAUUUAUCCGCUCCCAUAUAGGCAGCAUUCGCUGGCGAGCGGGUAAAUGGACAUUGAACCUCCUUUGCCUGAUUAACGGCUUAUCAGUCGUUGCGGGAAUGAUUUUUGGAAUUCUCGUGGCUGAUAUUUGGGCUUUCACGCUUUUCUUGCUAUACAGCUGCCACUGGGGAGCAUCGGUGGGAAUUUCUUUGACGCCAAUGGUCACAGAGCACAUCCCUGCUCGUAUCGACCCGAACUCUAAUGAUCGCUUUGCCGUCUACGAGCGAGAAGAAGGCGGAACCGUCAUUUUUAAGGGCGCGCAGAGUACACUGGAGACAUGGGCGCGUUCAACGUGGGAAUACAACCCCACCCGAGGCAAGGACAGUCUUCACUGGCUUUGGAUUAUCACUGGAACUCUUUCUGCUAUUGCCUCGGUUGCAUGUAUGGUUAACAUGCAUGGUUCCAUGCAGCUUGCCUUCUUGGGGAUUCUCGUCUUUGCAACAGUGGCCGAAAUUGGAGCCACUCGAAUUGCACGAAUCUUGCAGACCAAAGCCCGCGGCCCGAUCCCCAAGGCCUUUGUUCGAGGAAACUCCACCCGCUCUAUGGCUAUCAUCAGGGCCACUGUUGGUGUCGAUCAAAAAUGUCGUUUGACGGGCUUGGACUGGAUCUCUAUGGGGCUCCUUCCGGACAUGCCAGUGUUUCAAGAGAUGCAGGUUCUUCUUAAGGACAUCGGCGAGAUUGACGGAGAUCGCAAAGGUGAAAUGCCACCGUUAGUGGGCGACUCGCGCGAUGCCGCGAUUCAAUCCAAAUGCUCGGAGUUCCUUCGCAGUGUGGAUGACAAGGAUCACAAUCGCUUAGGACUAGGCAAACGAAUACUGAAAGAAGUAUACGAAACACUGAAAUUAGAUUAUGAACUACUGCCAGAGCUUUGA